CUCUUCUUGUCUUUGUUUGAACCUCCCGCUCAUCGAUCCAAUUCAACCAACACAGGAACUGAAGAUAUACUUGCCCGUGGAAAAGUAUCAAAACAGCAAUCCGUGAUUGUCUGAUAAUUCAUGCACGAUGGCGUCCUAAACGAAAAGGAACAACGCUUGUAACCGACACCAGAAAACGAAACAGUGACAGCGACUGGAGAGUUGGAGAUGGGAUGGAGAAAGGGAAACUUGGGAUGUGUGCUAUAUGAUGUACUACGGCCAAUCUAUGGCUGCCCGGCUGGUAGUGUAGGUACUUUGCUCAGGAAGGGGCCCUGAGAUAUACAAAAUGCGUACAAGCUGUCGGUUGAACCUCUCGGCGGCGACGAUCAGUGGCCAUAAUGCCCCCCCGAAGGCCCGAACAACCUAGAGGGUGUGGAGAUUCCGUUCCGUCAAGUCCGUCCAAGGCUGGGGGGUUGGGAUGCUUUUGUGUACAAGCUCGGACGAUGGAAGGCACGUUUGCUUGGCCAGGCCUCCUCGGAUGACAACCCGGGGCGGGCCCCUCCUUCCCAGGAUCCAAAUCAAGUCUGCAACAAAGACGUCAGCGGCCUCGCGAAGCAAUGAGCAAACAGUUUCACUUCUUUCCCUUCCGCCUACCACGUCUAUUCUAUUCUCAACUACCAAAGUUCUUUACACCUGAUACCGAUUCUCGAGAUACCCAUCUGUUGACUUUCCACGAGAAAGAAAGAAGAAAAAGUAAAGCACAACGCCAAUCCUUGAUACCCACCUUAGCCCAUCAUGGAGACCGUCAACAAGGUCGCCAGCUCUGCUGCCACCACUGCUAGCAACGUUGCCGUUGAAGCUUCCAACCUCGCCGUGGAAGCUUCUAACCUCGCCGCCCAGGCCUCCAAGGCAGCCGUGGACGCCGUUUAUGGAACUGGCCAGUCCCAUGAGGAGCCUAUCUCGGGCAAGAUGGGCGAUGUCUCCAAGGGGGAGCCCUACGAUGCUGGUAACAUGGAACCCAGCCAAAGUACCGGCGUGGCUGUCGGCGAGAAGAUGGUCCCCGAUCGUACCGUCGCCCAGGACGCUGCUGGCCCUGUGAAGAAGGACGGAACUGAGCCCAAGCCAGCGAACUUGGUCAAGGUACCAGAGGCUGAGAAGGACCACAGCCCACCAACCGUCAACUCUAGGAUUGACAACCACUACAACAUCCCUGAGCACUCUACUGUCAACCCCAAGACCAACGCGUUCCAGGGCCCCGAUAGUAUUACUCCCAAGAUUGACUCUCACUACAACGUCGCUGCGCCCAAGACCGCCGCUAUCAAGCCCCUUGACAGCAACACUUCGUUUCCCACGACCACCACCCACACGGCUGACGCUCCCGAGCCCCUGAACGAUACCUUCUCGUCCCACAGGAACAUUCCGGCCGAGCAGUCCACUACCUUUCAGGAUCAGAGCUCCUCCAAGCACGACGUACCCAAGGUCAACCCAGCCGCUACUCGGGGUUCGUCUCUUCACCCUGGCGACAGUACUCAGGCCCAGAACGAUAUUCGUUCCCCGAAUGAUCCUUCUACGCACCCCACUCAUGUAAAGUCGAGGGAGAACGUCGAUGACCGUGAUGGUGGCUUGGAUGCCGACGAGAACCCCAACAAGAGCCUUGGCUCUGGCCCCAAGUCUCUAGGAGAAGUUGCCAAGCAGCAUGGCGGAGAUGCCGGCAAGGCCGAGGACGGAGGUGUCAAGGAGCCCCAGAACAACGCCCCCAAGGAGGAGCAGGCUAAACCGGAGUCGCAUCCUAUCCACCAUGCUACUGGCUUUCAGGCAGAUGGCGGCGACUUUGAUGCGGCGGCACCUGGAGCUGGUGUCGACGCUGAUCGCAUUCUCGAGUCAAAGGGAAUCCACAGGGAUGACGCUAAUGGCUCCCUCGUUGGUAACACCGAAGCCCUUGAACAUGACCAGAACGGACAUAAGGACAAGACCAGCUUGAAGCAGAAGAUCAAGGACAAGCUGCACAAGCACUAAGCUGCAUGGGGCCUCCUUACAUUGUUCUUUUCCUUUUGACUGCGCACGAUAUCCCUUUCUUUUGUCUGCAGUGUUACGACGUAAUGAUGGCCAAAAUGUUUUUGGGAAGCUUCGGUAGAACAGUCCUUGAUGGACAGCAUGGGUUGAUUUGUUAGUCCACGCAAUGUCGGUUACUUCGAUUAUUCAAUGACCAUAUCGAUUAAAGACCUUCUUUUCGUGAUGUUCCCUGGUUGUAAUAUUCUCGCGCUCUAAAUGGCAGUUGGAGCAUUCCACAUACCGAAAUGUCAAAAGCAGGGACCAAUCCAACUUCGAUUGAUGUUGCUGGCCUAGAGUCUUGGCUGGUGUGUACCUUCCACACUUGA